AUGUUUGAAGCGGCUCCCCGUCUGGUUUGGUGGCUCCUGGGGCUGUACGUUUUUGUCCCAGUCGUGUGCUACGUUGUGGUACCGUUUCUGUUCUACGGAAACCGUAAUACCAAGAAACGGAUCGUUAUAUGUGUGCUAGGAGAUGUGGGCCAUUCGCCACGCAUGUGCUACCAUGCGCGAAGCUUCAGUGAGCAGGGCUGGCAGGUGGAGCUGUGCGGAUACCUGGUGGAACAGCCUCCAGCCGAUAUCAUGGAGUCCCCCAACAUCACGGUUCAUAGGCUGAAGACGUGCUCUGCACGCGAAGGCGAGUCGUUUUUGAUGGCUGCUGCGCGGAAGGUGCUGGUCCAGGUGGUCUCGAUUGGCGGCUUGCUGUGGAGGCUGAGAGGGAGUGAUUAUUUCUUGUUGCAGAAUCCGCCCAGCAUUCCCAUUUUGCCCAUCGCGGCCAUUUAUUGCAUUCUGUUCAGAUGCAAGCUCAUCAUUGACUGGCACAACUUUGGGUAUUCGAUCUUGAAGCUCAAAUUCGGCUCGUUCUGGCACCCAGUGGUCCUGGUGUCGUUUCUAGUGGAGUACCUCUUUGCAAAGCUUGCCUCUUACCAUUUAACGGUUACAAAAGCCAUGAAAGUGUAUCUUGUCAGUACCUUCGGACUUUCGUCCAAACGCGUCACGGUCCUCUACGACAGGCCUGCAGUCCAAUUCAGACCACUCACAGGAGAUCGACAGCAGGCGUUGCAGCAGGACUUCGUGCGGCCUUUGAUUCCUUCUGGCUUUGACAUCUCCAGCGGUGACCGCAUCUUAGUGACUUCGACAUCAUUCACGCCGGACGAAGACCUAUCUCUGCUGAUCGGCGCGCUUAAAAUAUAUGAAAAUUCCUACCAGAAGUUUGACCAUGAUAUACCCAAAAUUUUGUGUUUUAUCACCGGCAAGGGCCCGUUGAAGCAGCAUUUCAUGGAAGUAGUCAAGACAGAGAAGUGGGAGCGUGUCCACAUCGAGUUUCUAUGGCUCUCUACCGAAGAAUACCCAAAGCUUUUGCAACUUUGUGAUUUCGGUGUCUCACUACAUACAUCUAGCUCGGGUCUGGAUCUUCCUAUGAAAAUCUUGGAUAUGUUUGGGUCGGGCCUUCCGGUGAUCGCAUACAACUACCCAGUUCUCGGCGAGCUAAUCCAAUACAAUGUGAAUGGAUUAAAGUUUUUGGGUAGGCGAGAGCUGCACGAGGCCUUGGUUUUUGUUAUGAAAGAUAAAAAAGUACACGAAGAUCUUAAGAAAGGUGCCCUAGCAGAAUCGAAAAAUAGGUGGCAAGAUUCCUGGGAAGCGGCAAUGGAGGAGCUAUCUUUGAUUAGACGGUGA